AAUUGUGGUAGGAAUUUUUUGGAAUUUUCUCCAGCUCGUCUGGCGAUAAGAUGACAUGUGAGGGCAGCAAAUAAAGUUAACAGAGGUUUAUUUUUUAAAGAUCUUUAGUUUUUUCUACUUCUCAAAACUCGAAAAGAUGAUGGACAGUCUGGUUUGCAGGGAGUCUUACAGCUCUCGAGCCCGUCCGCUGAGGUACCUGAGGAGAAGCGAUGGAACUAUUCAGGUUUCCUCGGACGGAGGCAAAAACCAAGCGUUCCAGUCACUUGCCCAGACGUUUAGGACGGUGUUUCUACCCCAAGGCUACCCUGAGAGCGUCAGCGAAGAUUACCUGGAGUACCAGAUAUGGGACACAAUUCAGGCAUUUUGCAGCAGUAUCACUGGCACUUUGGCCACACAGGCCAUGCUGAAGGGAGUAGGCGUGGGUGAUUCAACAGCCACGGCAGCAGCAGCAACAAUUACGUGGCUGUUGAAAGAUGGUACAGGGAUGUGUGGCCGGAUACUGUUUGCAUGGUACCAGGGAUCAAGUCUUGACUGUGAUGCAAAAAGGUGGAGGUUAUUUGCUGACAUUUUGAACGAUACAGCCAUCUGCAUUGAGUUAGUGUCGCCGUUAUUUCCGAAAUACUUCACAGCGAUUGCCUGCAUCUCUGGAGUCUGCAAGUCUAUUGUGGGCGUGGCUGGAGGGGCAACGAGGGCGGCACUGACCCUGCACCAAGCCAGGAGAGACAACAUGGCCGACGUCAGUGCCAAAGACGGAAGUCAGGAAACGUUAGUCAACCUGGCGGCGUUGUUGGUUGGUCUGUUCCUUACUCCAAUGGUGGCCGGAAAUCCAAUGUUGACAUGGUUCCUCUUUUUCCUGUUCACGUUCCUCCAUCUUUACUCCAAUUACCGGGCCGUUACCUGCGUCGUCAUGGAAACGCUGAAUCAAUCCCGGUUGCACAUCGUCUGCCAGGAGCACCUCGGCUCCGUGGACAGUCACAUUAUGAGUCCGGCCGCCGCAAACGCACUGGAACCGGUCGUAUGGAGACUUAGCCGGCCACUGCGUGUCAACUUGGGUGUUCAGUUCGGUUGGCUUGUCAAAAGGUCGCCAGAUAUGGAAAAGUGUCUCUAUAGCAACAGAAACCAAAAAUUCUUAAUCGGCCUCAACAGACAAACAGGGUCAAUAAAUAUAGUGCUGCAUAGGGACUGUUCAGCGGAUGAUGUCAUCAAGGCCUGCUUCCAAGCUGAGAUCAUACAACAUGCGACGAAACAUGUGCAGCGAGAAAGUCAGGUACAGAGAUCAGAUCCUUUAGGGAUCAAGCCAGUCUUCUAUCACGAAAUCAGAGAUCUUCUUGCCAAGGGAAGUCACAUGACCCCCGAUGACUGCUGGGAAGCAGUCCGGCUGUCGGGCCUGAUCAGCGACAACCUCUUCCCACAAUUCAUUGCGGAGCUGGAGAUGGCGGGCUGGGUCAUAGGUCAAUCGUUGUUAGGGCCUGACGAGUGGAGAGCGGAGUGGAGCCUAGAAGGCAUGGCAGAAAAGAAAGUGUAUUGAAAGUGGAAAAAAGCGGACCGCAAAUUUCGGAGAUUGCCCAUGAAAUAAGUGUGCUACGGGUGUGCCAACUAAAAGUCUUCGAAACAAAUGUAUAACAUAAAGUGUAUGUAUCAUUGUGGCUCAUUAGGAGGUUAUUUGUAUUGUUUCAUUGUCAUGAAACGAGAUUGGAUGCCAGUCCAUCGCAGGUUACUUCCAAGCUAAUGCCAGUAUACAUGUAUACUCCUGGGUUGAGAGAAGCGAGUUGGAGCAAUGUGGCUUGCCCAAGGACACAGUGACUAUUGCCAGCAACUGGUUUUGAACUACGGUCACGAGUCGGCUAAUAAUGCUGCUGCUCAUUUUAUUUCUCCUGGGUGGUGAGUGGCAUCAUGGAGCUAUGUAGCAUGUUGGGGUAAUGUGGCUUGCCCAAGGACACAACAUAUGGCCAGCAGCUGGAUUUGAACCCCCUGACCUUCUGAUCACAAGUCAGGUCACGAGGAUAAACAGUGAAACAAUGUCAAAGGAAUGUCUUUUUUUUCACAGGAGUACAUUUGUCACAUUUGAGAGCGGAUGGACUGAGAUAACAACUCUAUUUGUGGCGGGCUAUAACGCCCUCUGUUGACCAUAACAAAAUAAGAUCUUGUCACCUCAUAGGUAACAUAAUGGCUGACUUCCCGCAUUAAUCCUGAUAAGGUGCCAAAAUGACCUUUGUUAAAAAGUAACUUUUAACUAGUUGUAUUUUAUCCCCAUAUUAGUGUUACUAGUACCGACAGUUUAAGUUACUUGGGUCAUCUUACUUUUUAUAAUGUGCCUUAUCCAAUUAAAAAAAUUUAUCUAUACCCUAAAUUUUGAGUAAAAACGAUGUCAUUGAACCCAAGUACCUACAAAUAAACUCACUUUGGUUAGCACAUAUUGAUAUUUUUGCCCCCUUAUUUGAAUGAUAUAUUCACCAUUCCUUGUAUAAAUCGUUGUCCAUACUCCAAAAGUUGGAUAUAAAUAUAGAGACCGCGACGACCAAUGUA